CUGAGAGCGAGUACCGGAACUGGACUGUUGUCGCACAAUCUUACAACGGUUAUAUUUACACUUUCUGUCCGCGAUUAAUACAGUAGUUUAGUGGUCUGCGCCAUGGCUUUGUACGGGUGUGUCGGAGCCAUGGCUUUACCUAGCGAGCUUAUCGUCCAUAUAUUUUCAUUCUUGUCCGACCGUGACAAGCUUCGGGCCUCGUCCGUGUGCUCUCGCUGGAGGGAAUGUCUGUUUUACCCAUCGCUUUGGACGGAGCUGAAGUUGCGUGUCGGAGGUGGUGCAAACCGGGAAGGCUCUGGCUCCGAACAGACCUCAAGAUUAGAAUUUCUCAUGAGGAACUUUGGCUCUUUCGUGCGGGAGCUACAUCUCGAGGUUACCCCUGUGGACGGAUAUCUAAGCCCACUGAGCGGAGUGGAGGGCAGGAUAGAACCUGUAGAACGCGACCCUCAAUUGCUUGAUCGCUGGAAAGACGCAAUGAUCACCUAUUUGGAACAGGUGUUGUGUGUGCUCGGAUGUAUUCGAAACAACAGAAAUCUCCAGAAGCUGAGUCUGUAUGGGGAUACCUGCAUUCUUCAGGAUGAGGGCAUUCUGGACAGUGCCAAUCUCCAGCAGGUUGACCAAGGAGGCAAGAAAAUCAAAGAGAUCCAACAGCUGUUAGUGGAGGUUCUGUCUAACAGCAGGAAGAUAAAGUGGCUGUCGUCCGCCUUCAUGCUGGGCGUGGUGACCCCCUGCUCCCUGGCCUCUCUGUCCAACCACAGCGCAGGCUCCCUGGAGCACCUCGGCUUGCUGGACAACCAGCUGCCUUGCCUGGUCUCCCCUGUGGAGCUGGAGCGGCUGGUCCACCUGCGUUCCCUGGCCCUCGACUUCUGUGACUUCACCUCUGAGUUGAGCCACCUACUGGCUGGUGGAGACCGUGCUCCGCUACACCGCCUCUCCCUGAUGCUCAACGGCGCUGCUCUGGAGGCUAAGCCGCUCGAUGGCACCGCCAGUGAGGACGACUGGAAGGCCCUGGUCCAACGCAGCGCUAACCUGCGGGUCUACGUGAUGGCACUGGAUGUGUGCAGCCAGGACCUGCUGAGGGUGCUAAAACCAAGCCUGCCCCUGGAGAGGAUCCACCUGGACAGCUACUCCACCUUGGUCACAGACGGAACCCUGGAGCUCAUUGCCCAGCAGUACAACAAGACCCUGAGCCACUUCGUCCUGAUGAGGGAUGACACCGGCUUCCCUGACCUUGGCAUCAACCGAAACGAGGACCCGCUGGUCCUACUGGCCUGGCGCUGCGUACACCUCUCUGUAUUGGUCAUCCAUGGCUACACUGUGUGGUCCCACAACCUGGUGGCCAUCUCCCGUCUGCGUGGCUCCAGCCUCAAGGUCCUGGCUGUGUCCGAGGAGAGCAUUGACUUCGACCCAGACCAGAGGGUCUUCAUGGAGGGUGACCCCGUCCACAACCUGGUGAAGGAGGUGUCGCUGGGCCUGGGGCGCGUCUGGCACCCUUCUAUGGACUCCAACCUGGUCCUCAGCGAGCCCACCCAGCACUUCCACAGGGAGAUGCAGAGCUUCAGCUUGGGCAUGUAGGCUAGAGCUGCAGCCGCCAGACCGGGCAGCCAUCUGGGUCGUGUUCAUUAGGCGUCAAACAAAAGAAAACAAGACCUAAACAGGAGGGACCCCACUUCACCAAUAAGCAACGCAAAUUUUCUGUUACAAAACGUUUUCCAUUGAAUGACCUAAUGAAUGCAACCCUGGUCUGGUCUUGCCUGCUGCACAUGCUCAGUGUUUGUCUUGGGACCUAUAAGGUGGUUAGAUCAUCAUCUCAUUUACAUACGUUUAUCUUUUAAUUGUGUUUAUUUUCUUCUCUGUAGCAUGAACUUAUCCUUUGUGCCGUGUUUAUCAGUAUUGGCUCUAUAUUUAUAUCUAUCUAUAUAUAUCCUGCUUAUGAUUAGGAGAGUAUAGUCGAAUAUUUGUUUAGUAGCUAAAUGAGCGAUUGGUGUUGCAAGGAGGCUUUUCUACACAGCUAGCUUAGUUAGUUGUAUUGCAAGUUUUCUUUUUUGCUUUGUGUUUUGUCUGUCAGCAAGUGCUGAGUUAAGAGGUUAAUCCACCUUGGCUUUUUGCAAUGAUGGAAUCCUGUGUACUUGUUCGUGCAAAUUUUUUUAAAUGGGAGAUUAGUCUUGUAGUCUUCCGGCAGAGGGAGGGACCGUGCUGAUGGAGUGUGUGGUUAGGCCCCCCCCCCCCACCCCAGCAAGAUCCUGUCUGCUCUUUACUUUUGUGUUUUGGAGAUGAUAUUGUUGCUAUGUUACGGGACUAAGAUCCUGCUGGUUCUUCUCAACCCAGAGGUGGGAUAUGAUAGGUUUCCACACUGAGUUUCCUACGUUCUGCUGCAGUACUUAAGUCAGGGGUUAGCGUUGCGAGUCGUACGCUGCAGUUUGCUCUCAGAAAAAUCCUCUCUCUCAGGUGGGCAAAACAUGAUUAUAUGAAGAUGAUGAGGAUGUAUAUACUAUGAAACAAUCAGCUAGUCUGUCGGUCUAAUGCAGUUUUCUUCACAUUUGCCUUGGAAAACCCCUUGUUUUCUAGUAUCAGUAGUUUUUGCCAUCCAAUCUGCCCCUUUUACCAUGUGGGGUAAACAAACUUAGUCGUACAUUUUUUUAUAAGAUUACGGUGUUUAAACAAUGGCAAAAAGCUACUCCUUGCACAUGUUUCUCUUGUUCACAGCUAUGUUGGCUGACUCCAGGGCCACAGGAGAGCUGAACGUUGGAUGGAGGGAAGCAUUUGCUUGCUUGCUUCCAAAUCUCAGGAUUUUUGCACUUUCAGUAAAUGUGUCCAUUUGAAGGCUUUCUUUUAAUAUAAAGCUUUCUGUUGAUCUGCGGGCCAGUGUGCGUGGUGGUGUGACUGAAUACUGGAUACUAAUACUGUGGGAAGAGCUCUUCCAACACUACGCAUACCAGAAGUUGUUGGUUUUAUUUUUCUAGACACGCCUUCUCGUUUCCUCUUAACUUUUAAAAAGGUUAACAUCCUCGAUGUGCGUCUGUGAAAAUACUUUUAAUGGCGUUUUCUAUCGUGUAUUUGACGUUUUAGAGCUCAGAGUAGUAGAGGGAAUCUGAGGUUGAUUGCUCAGUGGUAGAAUGUAAAUAUGAAGCUAACAACCUUUUUAAUGUGUAAAGUUGUCUGCUAUCCAGAAUUCCCCUUAUAUAUCCAUAUCUUUUUUUGUUGCUUGUAAAGCUUCGGGAGCCAGUCUUGACUGAUAACGCAGUAGUGUGUGGGGCUUUGAAUAGGUGACCUGUGGUUGUUCUGUGCUGCUGAGAUGUUGGAACAUUCUGGAAAAGCGGAGUGUAGGUUUCUCUUGUUCUUGUGUGAUUUGUGAAGCUGUCGGUCGGCUAUUACUAUUUGUAGUGUUCUUCCGUGCCCAUAACUUUCAUUGGUACUACCAAAGCCAGCCAUUUUAGUCAAGGAAGAGAAACACAGUAUGCAAAGUUCUGUAUAUUGAGGGGAAAAUAAGUUUGCCUAGAAACAGCUGGCAUCGGAUGGCAAGGUGUGUGUGUGUGUGUGUGUGAUCCAUGGUUCAAACAAUGUAACGAUCAGCCUAUGGGAUCCACUACUAACCUGUUUAGUUGUGGCAGUAAGAUAUGAGCCUGCAUGCAAGGUUCCACUUGGGUUAAACUUACGUAGUCUAUCGACGGUUGAUGCAUGAGAAGUGAUAAAGGAAUAUUGAAAUUAUAUACAUGUUAACAGAGGGAUUCUUACGUUUUUUGUUUUGUUUUUAGUACCACACCAAAAAGGAUGUAGAUAAUAUUCUAUAUUUGGAGUUAACUUGUUUAUGCUGAACAGGGGUAGUGUAAGACCUUGUUAGAAUAUGACAAAUGCCAGUUAAUUGUUACAAUGUGUAAAACAUCCUAAUGCUGUGCCUAAAUCCAGUGUAGCUUUUGCUCUUUUUUUUGUGUGUGUUCAGUUCUAGUACAGCAUUUCACUACCGUUAAAGCAUUUCUGCAUUUUCUUGUUGUUGUG